AUGGCUGAUGUGACCAUCGUUCAAGUCGAGGACUUGCAAGACGACCUGAAGGAGUUCCUCCUUCGUGCUCAACGUCGUUCUUAUCGACACAACUUGAAGAAAGUCAAGGAGUAUGUUUCCAAGAUGAAGUCGGAGAGAAGCGUUUUCAAUAGAGUUCCGCUGGAUGGAGGAGCCGUUAUAAGUAUUUACAAUGCAAGGGAUAGAACAUUCAACCUCAUCAAGCGGCUGAUGAAACUCGUAAUGAGUCAAGAAGUUUUGGUCACUCUUCGAGACUAUCUCAAAGUCUGCAAUCAUUUGGAAGUUCGACUUCAAUCUCUCAUUUACCACAUUGCCCAGUGUCCCCAAUAUGACCUUGAAAUCGCUGAUAUCCGAGAGAAACUUGAUUCAAUGGAGGAAAUCGUCACUAAACUUGAAAUGGAAUACAAAAACGACGAAAACACGAGUGACGAACUUCUCGAAACCUGCGGUGUACUCAAAUUCACCGAGAACGCAGAAGAGGAAGAUGACCAAGAAGGAGACGACAACGACGGCGACGAUCAAGACGAUGAUGAAUUCGAAGAUGCCCGAGAGGAGACACAAUGGGAGAAAUGA